CGUGUGUCUGGGGUGGGGGGGGGAGCACAGUACAGGUCGAAAUGAGAGAUGGAGGAGCGAUAGAGUGAGGAGAGUGACAGAAGCCCCCACACUGCUGACAGGGUGGAAAUGCAAGAAAAGAGGAGCGGGGCUGACCGACGGGAGAGCCCGGAGGAGGUGGAGAAACUGUCACAUUCAUCCCUCCCUCAUCCCUUCAUGCCUCCUUCCAAAGCUCUGCACCCUCCCAGGACGUUCUGGCCAGCCUCCCCAGGGUCCCGGAUGGAGACUUAGAGCUGGGCUGUGAAUAACUCCAGAGCAGAGCGCGUCUGCGUCGUGAGCGUCCGCCCCGGGCCCCUGACGAAGGCGAACGCCUCGUCUCGUCGCCCCAAACUCCUGCCAUCCUGCACGAAAUGCAGGCGUGUGCGUCCUCCCUGCAGCCCGGGCACGGACGACUGACGCGAAGGUCCCGUACGGUUCCGUGACUUCGGCUCGGGUUCGGCCGCCCGGUCGGGAAAAUACAGGCUCGUGGAACGGUCGGGACAUCGUCUUAAGCCGGCGUGGCGGACCGUGACAGGGACUCUUUGGCACGGUCAGCCCGCAAAGCUGCUGGCUGACGCGACCUGCCCGUAACUCAGAUGGCGCGUGCGUUCUGCUCUUACUGAGGAAAUAAACCUGUCCAAUCCUAAACGAUUUAUAUCUCAUUUGAGGAAGCCGUAAGUGAUUUUCCUAAAUUAUUCAUCUGGCUGCGUUCUGCAGAUUACCGUAUGAAGUAAUGGUUGUUCUCACAUGAAACGUGAUUGCAUGUAACCGUCGCUGCUGUCUUGGCCGGAUUACGUGCAGAGAGACUAGCCAGCACCAGUGAGGUCUCCCUCUUCUCUCUCUCUUCUGCUCCUGCUUUCUCCGUUUGAGCUGGCGAAAGUUCUCAGCGCCGUGGAGACGGGGCGGCCGGUGGGUGCGGCGCGAACCGGCGCGGCCGUUCGCACCGUGUCCUGCGGCGCAGUUUAAAAAAGAGCCCUGUUGUUGACACUUGCAAAUAACAAUUCCAGCCCAUGAUGGCUUUUACACGUCUGGACUGUGUAAGAGCCGCCAAUCGGAGCCUUUAUUUAUCUGCCGGAGCUCUUGGGAGGGAUGACCUAACAUGGAAAGACUGGCUUCUCAGCUCCUCAACAAAAUAAAUGAGACUGGACAGGGCUCCGUGUUUUCUCCUGCUCCCCGAAGCGUGUUGGGCCUGCCGGGCAGCUCCGUAAACAUCUCCCACUCUCCGUUUUUUCCUCCUAGACAAGCGGGAGCGGGACAAGCUGCUCCUUCUACGUGCCGCUAUGGCGCGUGCCGGCGGGUGCUAGCACACCUCCUUCCUUCCGAGCCAAAAGAGGUCCCCCUCAGUAGGGGGCCCUUGCGUACUUGUGGCCUUGUGCACUUUCUCUAAGCCCUUAGCAACAUGAGUAUACAGGGAAUGGAACUGUUCGCCAUAGUAGUGGUCGUCAUUCUGUUUGUGGCCGUUCUCAAGCAGUUCGGCAUUCUGGAACCGAUGUCUUUGGAAGACAGCAGUGACAGUGACCUGGAGCUGUCCAGCGUCCGGCACCAGCCUGAGGGACUCGAGCAGCUGCAGUCUCAGACCAAGUUCACCCGGAAGGAGCUGCAGUCUCUCUACAGGGGCUUCAAGAAUGAAUGCCCGAGUGGGCUGGUGGAUGAGGAAACGUUCAAGACAAUCUACUCUCAGUUUUUCCCCCAGGGAGAUGCUACUACAUAUGCUCACUUCCUGUUCAAUGCAUUUGAUCUGGACAGGAACGGUUCCAUUCGCUUUGAGGACUUUGUGAUUGGUCUUUCUGUACUCCUGAGAGGUUCUGUCACAGAAAAACUGAACUGGGCCUUCAACCUUUAUGACAUCAACAAAGAUGGAUAUAUCACCAAAGAGGAAAUGCUGCUCAUAAUGAAGUCUAUCUAUGAUAUGAUGGGCCGGUACACUUACCCCACGGUAAGGGACGAAGCGCCGUCUGAACACGUGGAAAAGUUCUUCCAGAAAAUGGACAGAAAUCGAGAUGGUGUGGUGACUAUAGAGGAGUUCAUUGAGACAUGUCAGAAGGAUGAAAACAUCAUGAGCUCUAUGCAGCUCUUUGAGAAUGUGAUAUAGUAUUGCCACUGCAGCUAGAAUGAAGUCUCCUGAUAAUCAAGGCUCCUCCAAAUCCAGUCAUUUCCAGAAGCCCCACCCAUGCCACACACCCCGUCCCACCAUCCAUCAAUCAUAGACAAUGACACACCCCCUGUCACACCUCCCAUCAAUCAUAGACCAUGCCACACCCCCUGCCCCAGCCCUCCAUCUAGCACAGAGUAUUACACUGAAACCUGCAGCCCUCUGAUGGACAUACUUGGACAGGUACACAGGGACUAGUUAGUUUGGCAAACAGGGAGAACUAUUUGUACUGCACAGUAAAAAGAUACGACCAAUCAGACAAGUGGAAUGGACAGCUUAGUUCUUUUUGUCCACCAGACAUUGGCUGCUUCACUGACAAACUAGUGGAGUUGCCUCAUCCAUUUGGCUUUGCAAACACUUUCCCACAUUUCCCCAGAGCACUGCCAGAGUCCCCCACGCUCCAGAGAAACUGAGUGAGCUCAGAGAUCAGCUUGUGAUCGUCUUGAUCAGAGACGUGGUGACAGGGACCCAGCAACUUUCUGUUUAACCUUUUGCCCCAGUGUGAACAGGAGCUCGUCUAUGGAUCGUCAAGAACAUCCGGGGGCAAUAAAGACUUAAAGAACCACAGGAACUCUCUAAUGACAAUGGAGUAGUAAUCACCAAAAAAACCCAACAAUGAGACAAACACAAAAAAGAAGGAAAAGAACACGGAUCUUAAGCAUGCCUAUUCAAAAAUGUGUGAUUUUUUUGUGGUUUGCUUGCACUGAGAUUGACAGAGUUUCCCUCCUAUUUUGUGGGCCAGUAGGUUUUUCUAGAGAUUUACACAUAGACUAAAGGACUCAUAUGUGUAGCAUAAAAUAGUGUAACAUGUCAUUUACAGUCCUGCUCGAGUCUUGAUUGCACUUACAGUGGACAAGUGAUCAAUAGUGAUGUGUUGCAUCACUGUUUGUUAUCAAGCACUGUUGAAAAUAUCGUGAAUGCUGUUAUAUCAGACAGAUUAUGAGAAUAUGUGAUAUACUUUAAGGAAUAUAUGUAGCUGUGUGUUUGGUGUCAUAUUGCCUGAAAAAUUUGCAUUGCAGGAAAAUAUGGUUUAAAUAUAAUUUUUUAAAAGUCUUCCCCCUUUCAGCUGAUCUUCUUACACAUUGCGUAACUCACAUACAAGAGCAAACGCAUUUAUCAGAAAGUUAAAUUAUAGCCUACUAUAUUCUUUUGAUCAUAAUCUCAAUUUAAUUAUUUAAUUAUAAUGCCCACCAUACAUGACCAUAUACAUACAAAUGUAAAUGUAAAUUAUUUAUUCUGUGUUUAUUUGAUAGAGAAUAUUACAAUCUUAUGUUGAUAUGAUGAAUAAAGAAUGCUCUUCUCAUAUUCUAACCCAA